GCCUAUUCGCUGGUGGACCGGGAGGUGGGAUACUGCCAAGGGAGCGCCUUCAUCGUGGGACUGCUGCUCAUGCAGAUGCCUGAGGAAGAGGCUUUCUGCGUGUUCGUGAGGCUGAUGCAGGAAUAUCGCUUACGGGAGCUCUUCAAACCCAGCAUGGCCGAGCUGGGGCUCUGCAUCUACCAGUUCGAGUACAUGCUGCAGGAGCAGCUGCCGGAGCUGAACAUCCACUUCCGCUCGCAGAGCUUCCUCACCUCCAUGUACGCCUCGUCCUGGUUCCUCACCCUCUUCCUCACCACCUUCCCUCUGCCCGUGGCCACGCGCGUCUUCGACAUCUUCAUGUACGAGGGGCUGGAGAUCGUCUUCCGCGUGGGGAUGGCGCUGCUGCAGUUCAACCAGGCCGAGCUGGUGCAGCUGGACAUGGAGGGCAUGUCCCAGUACUUCCAGAAGGUGAUCCCGCACCAGUUCGACUGCUGCCCCGACAAACUCAUCCUCAGGGCCUUCCAGGUCAAGUUCAACCCCAAGAAGAUGAAGAGGCUGGAGAAGGAGUACGCGGCCAUCAAGAACAAGGAGAUGGAGGAACAGAUCGAGAUCAAGCGCCUCCGCACCGAGAACCGUCUGCUGAAACAGCGCAUCGAGACCCUGGAGAAGGGCCAGGUGACGCGGGCGCAGGAGGCGGAGGAGAACUACAUCAUCAAGAGGGAGCUGGCGGUGGUGAAGCAGCGCUGCACCUCGGCCACCGAGAACCUGCAGCGCGCCCAGAGCACCAUCCGCCAGCUGCAGGACCAGCAGGUCGGUGUCCCCAACUGUCCCCAGGCGUCCCCAAAUAUCCCCAGGCAUNNNGAGACGGAGCUGGAGCAGUCACGGCUGCGGGAGAGCGAGACCCUGGGAGCCCUCAAGGAGAUGCAGGACAAAGUCCUCGACAUGGAGAAGGUGAUGGGGACGGCGCGCGGCGGUGGCUUGGGGGACGCGGGGGUGGUCGCACGG